GAGAGAAAGAAUAGAGAGAGUGGUUUGACUCGAGAGUCUUUACCGACCGCGCACAACGCGGGUGGCGCCUUCGGCUAGGUCUGCCUAUGAAUCGCAACCCUCGAGAGAGACCAGUGGUGGAGGAUUGACACACGGUGGGGUGGCGAAACGAGAAACGACUCUCUUUCCGUGAAAGUGUCGGGGUGUAUUGGCGCUGUCAUAUGGAGGCAAACGAGGCGCCGUGUUAGGCACUCUGGCCUGCACGGACGCCUUGCUGUGGUGCGUUACGUGGUGAAAAAGUGUUGGAAGGAAAAAAAAAAAAAAAAAAAAAAAAGAAAAAAAGCGAACUGUGUAAACUUAAGUUUUAUUAUUAAUUUGGUCAAUAAUAAGUGUUGAUUGAAUGUGUUAAAAAUGGCGGCCAGUAAACCUCCGGAAAUGAAUUACACGUGCGAAAUUUGCGGUCUAGAAGGUUUCAACGACGAAGAGAUGAGAUCUCAUAUGGUUUUCUAUCAUCUUCAAGGUGCCGCAAAUUGCCCCUUUUGCGAUUUAGGCGAAAUUUCACCAACAGAGAUGUUGACACAUGUUAACAGUGCUCAUCUCGAUUACUUAACACCUAGUACUCCAGAGAGUGAUAUGAUGGCAUUUAUUGAUGAUGAUUCAUUAGUGGAUGAUAGAAGACAUGACGAAUGUCGUGGUCCAUGUCCUUCUCCAACCAUGUCCCCAAGUCCUCCACUUCUUCAAAAUGGUUGGAGUAGUUCAUUCAGUCCUCGUGCUAAGCAGCAGCAAGAGAUAUUAAAAUCAGAGCCACAAAUUCCUAGUUCUAAUAUGAAUAAUAAUAACAACAACAAUAACAUUGGAAAUGUUAAUAAUGUUAUAGAAGGUGCAGCUGGACAUGGAUCUCCACUGCGUUCAGGCCUAAAUUUACAACUGCGUUCUCAUGCUUCACCAAAACUUCCAGUUCAAGAAUGUCCUAUGUGUCCCUACAGUUCUGACAACCCAUCGAGGCUAGAAGAGCAUAUCAACAGGCAACAUUUUGAUCUUACUUCGCCGUCCUUUCCACCUGAAUCUCCACCAUCUCGUGAUGGUGUCUUUAACUGCCCUUUAUGCAUCACGUCUUUUCCAAAUUCUUCUGAUCUUGAAUUACAUGUUAAUAUAGAGCAUAAAGAUAUAUUAAGUCCUGCAAAUGGUGCAGCUUCCCAAACGGCUCAAGCAACCAUUGGUAGUGAUACACCUGCAUGCCCAGUAUGCUUUAGUACCUCGUUCAAAAGCAAUGAUGAAUUGACUGCACAUAUUGAAGAACAUUUCAGUAAAAAGUGCACUCCAUCCCCAAUAACUCCAGAUUUAUCUACUGAUAGAAUGUUAGCAAAAGAUAUGGAAAGACUUGAAAAGGAGCUCAGAAAAUUACGCGAACAACGUGAAUUUGAAUUGUUAAGAGCUCAAUACGGGAUGGACAAUCAGGGAAAUUUUAGGGAACAAAGUGUUACCAAUAUGCAGCGGGCUGUAUAUUCAGGAGAAAUGACGAUUGCUGAUUAUUAUGAAAGACAAACUGAGCUCAGAGUAGCUGAAAGCAGCGGUAUCGAUGAUGGCAGCUCCUGUACACGCGGAUUAGUUCCGAAAAUACGAGCUGUCAGUCAAGCAUGUAGUAAUGUAUUAAGCACCUGGAUGUGUUCUACUGUAGACCACUACGCUACUACUUAUGGGGACAAAGGAUGGGGAUGUGGUUAUAGAAAUUUGCAAAUGUUAAUUUCAUCACUUUUACAACAUACAGGGUAUAAUGAGUUAGUUUAUAAAGCAUGGAAUUCUGGUUUGGAUAGUGGUAGUUCUACCAAGAAUCCAUUACGAAGUUCAAUACCGUCGAUCUCUAGACUUCAGAAAAUGAUAGAGUGGGCUUGGGCUCAAGGUUUUGAUACCCAAGGAGCAGAACAAUUGGGAGGAAAAUUGGUGAACACUAGAAAAUGGAUUGGUCCUACAGAAGUAGUCAUAUUAUUAUCUAGUUUGAGAAUAAAAUGCCAGUUAAUAGAUUUUUAUACACCAACUAAUUCUGAUGGUGGACAUCCUGAAAUGUUUAAUUGGGUUUUACAAUACUUCCAACGUUGCGAUGAUUUUAAACCACCUCUUUAUUUACAGCACCAAGGUCAUAGUAGAACAAUAAUAGGAGUAGAACAGUUAAGAGAUGGUUCAAUAACAAUGUUAGUACUCGAUCCAAGCCAUAGCCCAGCACAAAUGGCACAAUUUAACAAUACAAGCAGUGCACUCGGUGCAAUGCGUUUGGUGCGAAAAUCGAUUGCAGCGAUGAAAGCAAGACAGUAUCAAGUUGUUGCCGUUACCGGUAUUAUGGAAACUGACUUAGAAUAUCAUGAAAGCAAAGUGUUACGUUUAAUUCGUGUACCACAAGAUAGGUGAGACUUACUGGCUCGAAAAGAAGUUAAAUCUUUUGGAAAGACGAUAGACUGCCUGAAACCAAUUUUGUCCGGCAUCCUUAAAGUUACAUGACCGCAAUGUUCUAGGUUUUAUUAAUAGGGGAUUUGCUCCACCAUAGUAGUUGCAAAAAUAUUAUUUAACAAUAUAUUCUUGCAUAUUUUCGCCGUCAUAUGUCGGUUUCUCAAAUCACCAUGUGUAUUUAAGCCUGCGUCGCGGUUCAGUAUUUUGGAGUUGAAAUUGACGAAACUUAAAAUAAAAGUUACAAUU